AUGUCGGGGCGCGGCAAGGGCGGCAAGGGGCUCGGCAAGGGCGGCGCGAAGCGCCACCGCAAGGUCCUGCGCGACAACAUCCAGGGCAUCACCAAGCCGGCGAUCCGGAGGCUGGCCCGGAGGGGCGGCGUGAAGCGCAUCUCGGGGCUCAUCUACGAGGAGACCCGCGGCGUGCUCAAGAUCUUCCUCGAGAACGUCAUCCGCGACGCCGUCACCUACACCGAGCACGCCCGCCGCAAGACCGUCACCGCCAUGGACGUCGUCUACGCGCUCAAGCGCCAGGGCCGCACCCUCUGUUUGUCUGUUGAUUCGUGGCUGUCUUCUGCAGAUCCCGCAACUAAUUGUGUGAAUAUUUUCUGCAAACCUUCAUGUGUCAAGAUGAUGUCGCUGAGCCUAUAG